AUGGGGUAUACAGAAGAUCAAUUAGAUGACGUUGUAUUGCUGCUUGUUUCUUAUAUUCUGUGUGCUGGAACUGAUAAGACCGACAUGCAUUUUGCACAGUAUGCCCAUUGUCCCAAUCCAUGUUUGUCCAAUCCAUGUGAACAUGCGGAGCACGCCAUUAGCGAUGGAUGUUACACUUUUCCAGAUAUACUAAGGUAUCCGACAUUAUCGACCAGGUCCUUGCGUUAUAGUGGGAAGUUCGCGAAUAGAAUGUGGUCAUGCAAAUGUGAGAAAGGUUACGGGCACGUGAUCAGCUCCAACACUGAGGACGACGAUGCCUAUAUGACUUCGCUGCACCAGUGUGUAGACACUUUUGAUAACUGCGAUGGCGUGAAAUGUCCCGCAGGAAGUAUUUGCGUAGACGCAGGAGCAGGCAAAGAAUGUCGUUUUUGUCACAACAAAUCUUGCAUGAACGGCGGAACUUGCGUGGAAAGAGGAGACUCUAAUUACCACUGUGUAUGCGUUAACGGUUUCUCGGGGGAUAAAUGUGAAAAUGAAACACCGUCUGGGUGGGGACAGUGGGGGCAGUGGACGUCAUGUUCGGAAUCUUGUGGUGACGGUUUGACAAUGAGAUCCCGGACAGAUGGGGUACUAACCAGAAAUGAGAAUUCAUUUGAGAUUAACAUAGAAUGUGAGGAGUAUGGAGUAAUGAAGCUGACCUUUACCUUACCAACAAACUAUCCCAGUGUUACACCUAAUGUAUCUAUAUCUUGUGUCAAACUUAAGCGACAGAUGUCAGGUCAAAUGAGGCGAGAUUUGCUGAUCUAUGCAAAUAAGCUAGUUAAUGAACACAUGAUAAUGGACCUUAUCAUGUGGGUUAAAGAGCAUGUCCAUGAAUAUAUACAAGCACAGCCAGUUGUGAAAGUCAAGGACCAAGAUGGAGAUGAUGUCUGGACUGCACUCUUGCAUUUGGAUCACAUGAGGUCAACGCAGCGAUAUAUUAAAACAAUAAAAAGCUGGACCAGGGAGUUAAAUUUAAAUGGAUCACUGAUGUUCCUGAAUCGUCUGAUAUUAAUAUUGCUACAAGGAAAGCAGGAUGCUAUAAAAGCUUAUAUAUGUCGCCAGCGGACACAGAAAGUUGAUGUUGACUCCAGUAGAAAGGGUUGUAAAGAAAGAAUGAUGACAGUAUUAUUUGAAGGACAAUUACCUGACAAUAUCAAGUUGAGAUGUGUUGAGUUUCAGUGUAAGAAAUUAGAAUCACAAGCAGAAUUGGAAAAUGAAUUUAUAGUAGUGGGAUUACAGCAUCUAUACGAAGAACAUGUUAGACAUUGUUACCAUUCCUAGCAGAGAGAGUAUCACAUAUAAAUUGACCUUGAUGACACUCUGCAUAACUUCCACAACUCGAUAUAUGGAUUCAAAUUAUUGAAGACAACUCAAUAUACAGGGUGAGGGUUCCAUAUGUGGAAAUUAUGGUGAUAUGUAUGGGCAGCGUGGCUGUGGAUGGCUCUAUAUGAAGAAUGUGAAAGUCAAGGUGAAGGGUCAAUAUGAAGGAUGUGUAAUCCAUGUCUUGGUAGCAUCUCCAUAUGGCAGUGUGGAUGGCAUAGUAAUGGCUCUAUAUGAAGAAUGUGGAAGUUUAGGUGAAAGGUCAAAAUUGAGGAUGUGUAAUUCAUGUCCUAGUAGCAGCUUUAUAUGGCAGUGUGGAUGGCAUGAUAAUGGUUCUAUAUGAAGAAUGUGAAAGUCAAGGUGAAGGGUCAAUAUGAAGGAUGUGUAAUCCAUGUCUUGGUAGCAUCUCCAUAUGGCAGUGUAGAUGGCAUAGUAAUGGCUCUAUAUGAAGAAUGUGGAAGUUUAGGUGAAAGGUC